CCCUGGCAAUAAUUUUGCUGCUGCAACUUGACUCGCCCGCUUUCGACGAUGGCUUCUGGCCCGGACCGCAUCUCCAAAAAAAAAAGAGAUCGGGCCACCACCGUGAACAGCGCGCAAACAUUGGAUUGACCAGCCCACCUCCCCUCCGGACCCUGCUUCCCGCGCAAUGCCUCCGGCAUUGAAACCAGCAGUACCAUCGCGGAGGCUCCUCAGGUUCCUACGCGCCCAGUCCGAGGGCCUCUGGUUCACCGAGUGCGCCUCGCGCCUGUCUUCAUCGUCGUCGACGACUACCCGCCGCCAUGUCUGCGCCUGUGCGAGGGCAGCAAGGCCGACCGCCCUGCUGCCGAGCAUCCCGACGGGCCGCCGCAAACCCACCCUGCAGGCCGCCUUUCUCGGCCUCGACGCGAUCCUCCCCAAGUCGCUGAGCAAGCAGCAGCGCGCCUCGGCGAGCCACGAACAGCAGCAGCAGCAAGCAGGGCAGCACGGGGGUGCGCAGCGGUAUUCCUCGUCGAACCAGGCACCCAGGGAGGACGGGGGCAGGUCGUCGUGGCAGGAGUGGCUGUUUGGGUCCGACGCGAAGAAGCAGGGCGAGCGCGAGCGCGAGCCGCUCAAGGAGGGCGACAUCCGGGUCCGGCUGGAGGAGGAAUCCGGGUCGAUCUUCCAGCGGAGGUCGCUGACCGCCAAGACUGCGCUGGACCCGAGGCUGCGCUGUACCGAGGUGGACGGGAACGGGAAGGUCAUCAUGGUAGACGGCGAACUCAAGAAGAGCGAGCUGAUUGCCAAGUAUGGCCUCCUCCCGCGCGAUCUCCGCAAGAUCGACUCGUCCAACCUCCCCCACAUCCUCGUCCGCCCGUCCGCAAUCCUGCUGAACCUCCUCCACCUGAAGGUCCUGAUCAAGCACGACCGCGUCCUGCUGUUCGAUGUCUACGGCUCCACCUCGUCUUAUCCCCAGUCCGCCUUCAUGUACGACCUGCAGGGCAAGCUGCAGCAGAAGCAGGUCGCCGGCGCGAACAGCCUGCCCUACGAGUUCCGCGCCCUCGAGGCCGUCCUGAUGUCGGUCACGUCCGAGCUCGAGGCCGACUUCGAGUCCGUCCGGGACCCGGUCAUCCGCAUCCUCAGCGACCUCGAGGACGACAUUGACCGCGAGAAGCUGAGGAUCCUCCUGGUCCUGUCCAAGAGGGUCAGCACGUUCGAGCAGAAGGCGAGGCUGGUCCGCGACGCUCUCGAAGAACUCCUGGAGGCCGACGACGACCUCGCCGCCAUGUACCUGACCGAAAAGACGCACGACAUAAUCAGGGGCGAGGACGAUCACACCGAGGUCGAGCUUCUUCUCGAGUCCUACAACAAGAUUUGCGACGAAGUGGUGCAGGAAGCGAGCAAUCUUGUGUCGAGCAUCAGAAAUACCGAAGAAAUCAUCCGAGCUAUUCUGGACGCCAACCGCAACUCUCUCAUGCUGCUCGAUCUCAAGUUCAGCAUCGGCACCCUCGGGCUGGCCAUGGGCACCUUCCUGGCCGGACUGUACGGCAUGAACCUCGAGAACUUCAUCGAGGAGACCAACUGGGGCUUUGGCGCCGUGACCGGCAUCUCCACCGUCUUCUCCCUCGUCGUGUGCUGGUACGGCCUGAUGAAGCUCCGCAAGGUGCAGCGGGUCAAGAUGAGCGGCGGCGGCCUGGGCGCCCUGCGCACCCAGAAUCAGUGGCUCUGCGAGCACGGCACGGACGGCCUGCUGCUGGAUCCCAGCAACCGCGAGCGGCUGAGGAGGAUCAACAUGAUGAAGAACGCCCAGCAGUCGCGGGCCAGGAAGUGGCCUUUUAGCAGGAAAAUAUGACCUUUUUUUUCUUCUUCUCAAUCUCAUCUGUCGGUUUGUUAGAAAAGGGGGGGGAAAGAGCAUUUAUUUUUUUUCUUCCGGGGAAAAAGGAGGAGGGGCUUUCUCCGGUGCAAGGGGCAUGUAAUGGGAUAUACUGGCGUUCGCGGCGUGGGCGUGCUCUCAGGGGAUGAUGGAUGCCAACUCCUCGCGUUUGGGGAUAGAUUGCGUCCUGUUUCUAUACAACAGGGGCUUGUUGUUUCGUCUUUUCUGUUUGCUAUUAUCUCAGCUCACUACAGGACAGCCCUUUUGCCCCUGGGCAUUAACCUGAAUGACAGACUACAAUGGAACUAGAUCCGGGAAGUUUGAUUACUAGACCGCUUGUCUUUGGUUAUUCAUCGA